AUGGUGGCGCCUUUUCAACCUAACCAAUCAGCAAAAACUAGUAGAGACGGGACAAUGAAACUAUCCAGAAGAUCUAAUCCACCCGGUCCUACUUCUGCAGCUGACCAGGAUGAAUAUUUUGAGAGCUGUGCUAUACAAGAGUUCCUUGGACACACCCAAACAGUUCGUACUGUUGCCUGGAAUAGUGAUGGGAGCAAACUCGCUAGUGGCUCCGUAGACAAGACAGUGAGAUUGUGGCACCCUGACCUGCCUACAAAUUCAGAGAGACUGACCGGCCAUACAGAUAGUGUCGAUCAGUUAUGCUGGAGCCCACAAUCAAAUCAUUUACUUGCCACGGCCUCAGGUGACAAGACUGUAAGGUUUUGGGACACACGAAAUAACCGAUGUGUCAAUGUAACGAACACUACUGGUGAAAAUAUAAAUAUCGCUUGGAGUGGGAAUGGUGAAACUGUCGCUGUUGGCGAUAAGGAUGAUCAAAUAACUUUUAUAGAUACACGUCAUAUAAAUGGUCGUCGUGAAUUCAAAGUAAAGAAAACUUAUAAAGAAUCCGCUGAAAACCAUGAGGAGAUCAAUGAAAUCAGCUGGUCUAUGGAUUGCAAAAACUUUUUUAUUACUACUGGAUCUGGCGCUGUCAAAGUUUUUGAUUGGCCUUCGAUGGUUUUUCAUCAGGAAGCGAAAGCUCACACGGCGAAUUGUUAUUGUAUCGAUUUCGACCCAAAGGGAAGAUAUUGGGCAACUGGUGGUGCUGAUGCACUUGUAUGCCUUUUCGAUUAUGAAAUGAUCGGAAUCAGAUCUUAUGAUUCUUUACAUUUUCCUGUAAGAACCUUAAGUUUUACACAUGACGGAACAUACUUGGCAUCUGCUUCCGAAGAUGAACAUAUAAUUAUUACAAAUGUCCUAACAGAGCAAAAAGAGAAUCAAGAAGCUUUCCGUAUUCCCACAAAAGCAGCCACGAACUCUGUCGCAUGGAACCCGAAAAAUUAUCUAUUAGCCUAUGCGGGGGAUGAAGUAAAUCCAGACAAAUCAUAUGUUGGUCUUAAA